GAGUCAACUGGUUGAAUUUUUUUCCUUCCACCAACAAAAUAAAACAUAGUAAAACAUAGUAAAAGUGAAAGAAUGAAAAAUAUACAACCAAGUGAUGACGAUCAUCAUGAUGGUGGAGAUGGCAGGACUUCCGGUGGUGGCCGGACACCAACCGGCAUACUGCGACUUGAUUUGGGCAAACUUUACAGCCCGGAUGUUUCCGGACGCAUGCCAAACCCAGAGUUGAAGUUUUUAUCUCAGAUCGAACCGGCUUCACCGCAGCCGUCAAUCGGCUCUCGACUUUCGGUCACUUUCGCUGAGGAUUCCACUUCGAAGAGUUUUACAUAUACCGACGUUAAAACCAUGGAUAAAGUGCAUUUUCCAGAUCAAACACAAGAAGCAGAAGAAGAUUCAAAUGAAGAAGAUUAUUCCGAAAGUCUCAAGGCGAUUAUAAACCGUCGUGCGUCCGUACGCAGAUCAAAAAAACGUCAUGGCCGCCGUGGUAGUUCCCCUUUCAGUCCAGAUAUACUCCCAGAGACAGAAAAUGGUCGCCGGAGGUCUUCCGUUUUCACUACAAGCAGCGGAGAUACAGGAAUAACAAUGGAAGAUAGUUAUUCCGCAGGCGUUACACAGGAACAAAUCUUUGAAAACAUAAAACUACACAAAGAAGUCCUCAGUAAUGUAAAAAUGCAGCCGUGGAACAUGCGUCGUAAACUAAAACUUGUGCAAACAGCUAAAGCUUACAUUAAAAAGCACGAGGGGGCGCUACAGGAGAGAUUAGCACAGAGUCAUUCAACGAAAGAUAUGUUAGCGAGGUGUAAUAUAUAUUUAGUCAAGAAACUACAAAGAUUGAAACGUGAAAUGGCGAAUUUAUCAAACUGGUUGAUUCCUUGGGAGAGUCGAAUCAAAGAAAUCGAGUCACAUUUUGGUUCUGUUGUUGCAUCGUAUUUUAUAUUUCUACGAUGGUUGUUCUGGGUAAAUAUCGCUAUUUCUUCCAUAUGGGUUGCUUUCGCCACAGUACCAGAGUUGCUAACUGCAGACUUCGACCACCAGUCGGAGCGCAAGUCGAUCCUACCCGAGGACAAGUACAACGCAACCAACUUUCUCACCCUCUGGGACUUUGAAGGGGUUUUCAAGUACUCGCCGAUGUUCUACGGCUGGUACACGAACGUCACGCGCUCUGAAUAUGCCAGCGGGGGCGGCGGAGGUGGCUAUCGCCUUCCACUAGCGUACUUCCUCACUGGAUUGGCUGUCUACAUUUUUAGCUUUGUAGCCACCCUGCGCAAAAUGGCGGAAAAUUCGAGAAUGUCGAAGCUUUCAGAGAAGGAAGACGAGUGUAUUUUCUCAUGGAAACUGUUCACCGGCUGGGAUUAUAUGAUUGGCAAUGCGGAGACAGCGACGAAUCGCGUAGCAUCGAUUAAUAUGAGUUUUAAAGAAGCUUUGCUUGAAGAAGCAGAGAAAAAACGCGAAGCGCAAAGUUGGAAGAUAAUCGGCAGUCGAGUAUUAGUAAACAUCGGCGUGUUGCUAUUAUUAGCAUUGUCAGCGUAUGCUGUUAUUCAAGUUGUCGCCCGAUCGAAUGACAAAGACGCGACGAGCACAACAUGGCGGCGUAAUGAAAUAACCGUCGUCAUGUCACUCAUCACGUUCAUCUUUCCGAUAUUUUUUGAGCUCCUGGGUUAUUUUGAGCAUUACCAUCCGCGUAAACAACUACGUCUUCAACUAGCACGCAUUAUGGUUCUUAAUCUUCUAAAUUUAUACUCGUUAAUCUUUGCGCUCUUCGUGAAAAUCGACAAAAUGACAAGUGGAAAUACAAACGAAACAAAAAGUUCUCUUUACGCAUCGACCACUAUCGAUCCAUACUUAUCUGCCGAGACGCCCACGCGUCUAUUUCCGCUACGACUUGAAGUGGGAAACUUGGUGCGCGAGGUGUUCGCCAAUGUGACGCAAACAAUGGCGGCAGCGUGGGAGCCAGCCGUCAACGCCACUAAUUUCUAUGAUUACGUCACCAACACCACCGCCGAGUUGGCUCUUAAUUAUUUCGGCAAUGCCAGCGCCGAAACUUCCACCACGGAAGUGACAACGUCUGAAUACGCCGACAACGAAUUCGGUUAUGAAUUGGAUUUUACUCAAGUGCAAGACGCGCUGGAGACACUAUUCACGACGUUGUUUACCAUAUUCGACAAUGCUACCACAAUGGCUGAUAACGAAACAUUUUACGAAGAAUCCCUAAGCACUUUUAGCACAUUAAUCGAAUCCACAAUAACCUCAACUGUUGAUUAUGAAAGCACAAGUGCAAUCACACCUAUGCAACCAAUUAUACACUCAGCAAACACCAUUGCUCCGCUUGAUUAUGUCACGCGGAGUAAACUACGCGGGUUGUGUUGGGAGACAAUGUUCGGACAGGAAUUAGUUAAACUAACAGUCAUGGAUCUCAUCAUGACGUUAUUGUCAAUAUUAUUGAUUGAUUUUUUUCGUGGGUUAUUCGUGCGGUAUAUGAACGGCUGCUGGUGUUGGGACCUGGAGAAGAAAUUCCCGCAAUAUGGCGACUUUAAAGUCGCCGAAAAUAUUUUGCAUUUAGUUAAUAAUCAAGGAAAUGUCUGGAUGGGUAUGUUUUUCAGUCCGGGACUAGUGGUGAUUAAUGUUUUCAAACUUUACAUCAUGAUGUACUUGAGAUCUUGGGCGGUGUUGACUUGCAACGUCCCGCAUGAGGUUAUAUUUCGCGCAUCACGCAGUAACAACUUUUAUUACGCCCUGUUAUUGAUGAUGUUAUUCCUCUGUGUACUUCCGGUGAGUUUCGCGAUAGUCUGGUUGAAACCUUCGGAUAAUUGCGGACCGUUUUCUGGUUACACGAGAAUUUUUCAUAUUUUCACGAAUACGCUGCGUAAAGAGUUGCCUGAAUCCACACACAUUGCGCUUGAUUAUAUUGCAUCACCCGGUAUAGUGAUUCCGUUGUUAAUGUUGCUCGUGUUGAUUAUUUAUUAUUUGAUUUCUUUAUCAGCGGCAUUGCGAGAGGCUAAUAAUGAUUUAAAGAUACAAUUGCGUCGUGAGCGGACUGAAGAACGUCGUAAAAUGUUCCAAAUUGUCGUAAAACGUCGACGCGGAGGUUCCGACGGCUCGGAUACUAACCCUUUCCUAAAGUGGAGAAAACUGUUGCGGGAAAUGCCGAACAACAAAAGUUUCGAUGAAACGCCGAAGCUCAGCAGGUCCGAAGCGCCGGAAGCAGCAGCAGCGCCGCAAUUGUCGAAAUUCAUCGGACGUGCAAUUAAAAACCGCAAGGCAAUCGAAGCGCAGCCGAAAUCGGAAGUCAAUGAUCAACCGGAUGAUGCCACCGACACCGAAACGCACGAUUCACUACCAGAUGAUUACAGACAACGGAAAUCUCGAGGACAACCCGGCGGAGAAGAAAAAAAGAGCAGAAAAUCCGCGCACAAAAAACGCAAAGAUUCAAACACAUCAAAUUGGUCCGAAGUGAUACCAGUGAUAACAAUUAGCAAGACAGAAAGCGCCGAGUGUAUUAUCGAAGAUAAAUCCGACUGUGAAACGGCGAAAACGAUGAAAAUUCAAAAAGUCACUUCGGGAGGCAAUGAAAGUCCAAAAGGUCGUUACAUGUUGAAAAAGCAACCGGUUGUUGACGAUCAGGAAAUUAAGAAAAGCCCAAGGAAAUCACAGGAGGCGAAAAAAGUUUUUCAGGAAUCUUCGACGAACACCACCACAGAGACACGCACCGAGCCGUCGACGGAUUACAGGGAUAGCACGUUUUCUAAUUAACAUUGUUUGCUUUCGACUUAAUUUCGUCGUGUGGCGGCAGAGGCGGCGGCGGCGGAUAAUCUCAGCGCGCUCAGAGUUAAUUAAACGCCGAAAAUAUCCGGAAUGUUCAUAUUCGUAUAAUAUUCACCUCACAUGUGUACGUGUGUAAAUUUGGUUGCAUACCAUCUAAAAAUGCACAUAACCUAUUUUUAACACAUUAAUGUUUGAAAUAUGAAUGUUAGUGUAAUGUUAAUGAUGUAACCGAGUAACUAAUGAAUGAAUAGUGACUUAACACAACGCAUCCGUUAUUUUUUCGUAUCGUAUUGUGCGAUAAGG